UUGCUCUUGCAUUUCAGUAUUGGAAAGGAAAUGCAAAAUGAAAAAAGAAGAAUGCUGCAGGCAAAUCAAUGCAUGUUGCCCUCUGUUCACUCUCAUUGUCAGGUGGUAUCAAUAGACCUUUGAAGGAAAACUAGAUUAUACUUAGGCACAUCCUGAAUUUUCAGCACAGACCUUUGACUAUUGAAAACAUGACCUUUGUUUUUAAGAGCAAUAAGACUAGCAAACUUCUAUGUGGGAAAUAAAUCAUGGAGGCUUAAAAUGAUGUGCCAAGACCAAAAUAUGUAACAGCCAGAUGCUACAAGUGGAAAUAAACGGGACUCAAUGUUGGCAGAAUUCGUUGAGAAUCUGAGUUGAAUUCGUUGGUUUUUAUUUUUAUGCACAGUAAAGGGAACCAGGAAUUCAAAUACAAGCCCUUCCCAGUUUGGACCUGGGAGGAAGGAAACAGUUCCAGCUGUGGCUUCUGGGAAUGAAAGGAGAGGGAAGAGAAGCUGCUUCAAACAGCAUUAGUUUCCCCGAAAGCAUUUCUCUGAAGAAAGAAGAAACAGGAGUGCUUUCAGUAUGGCCUGGAUUUUCCAGCUGCACUUUGGAACUUGUCUCUGGGCAACCGUGGCUCUCUGUGUAUUUGUUGGAUCCCGGAGACAGACAGAUGAACAAUUUCAUGUCAGGGAUACUGCAGACGCAAUCAGUGGAGAGAAUACAGAUGUCAUAUUAGAGUUACUUUGGGGAGGGAUUGAAAUUAUGGCCAAUGAAACAAUCAAGAUUGAGGAUGAGGAGCUGGCCUCUCUGCGCCCUGCAAAACGGUUUCUUCAGAUACUUCAGCAUGAGAUUCCCAAAAACCCAGCUGGGAUUGAGGAGCACCUGGACUAUCUCUCUCAGACAGACACCCCUAUAACCCCAGAAGAAUUUGAGCAGCUCAUCUUCACCAUGGUCUACUGUGCUUACCAGGUUCGCUCCAUCCAAGGCCUGGAGAAAAACCUUUGGAUCAAUCUUUUUUCCCAGUUGGUCACUGAAAUCAUCCGUGAGCUCUGCAAACAAUUCUGUCCUAAGGAGUCUGUGGAUUCUGUUGAGCUUCUGGCCUCCAGGCCUUGGCAAGAAAUGCCUGUCUAUAUUAGUGCACUGAAAAACUUAUAUUGGUCUAGUCUAGCCAUGGCCCAUAGAAACCAAGGAAAUUCUCAUGUUUAAAGGGUGAUUGGGUCUUGCAGCUCUCGCUUUUGUUUAUGCAAAGUAAUAGGCAAGAAUAAUUUUUAGGUUCAUGAAUCCCUAGAUCAUUACCCAAGACCCUUCCUGAUUUUAUCUCCCUGUUGUAUGGUAGUGACCUCUGGGCUAUUUUAAAAAAUUUAUAUGACUAAAUCACUCAUGGUCUGAGACUCCUGUCUCUGAGGUCUAUAUAGCAGUGGUUCUCAAUCUUUGAUCUUCCAGAUAAGUUUCACUCCCAAGUCCCCGGUCAGUGUGGAUAGGGUUUAGAGACCCUGGAAGCUAAAUCCAAAGCAUCUGGAGGACCUAAGAUUGAUUGUCAUUCUAGAGGGGGCUAUAUAAAAUGAUUCAUAUGGAACACCUCCCAUUGUAUACUUUCUUCUCAUAGUUGCUUCUAGACCUCCAUUGUUUUUGAUAAAAUGGGCCCUAUUUUAUUUAACACCCGAAACAUUUGAAAAAAUGGUAAGAAUUUCUGUUCUGCUACCUACAUUCUUAAUCAUUGAAGAUCCCAUAAACAUGCCAACUUGCUGAGCUGCAUCUUCAGGAGGAGUUGCUUUGUGUGAUAAGUGAACCAUGGAUAUCUUUACUGCAUGUCAUAUCAAAUUCAGCUGAUUUCUGAAUGUAUUAUGUCUGCAUGGGAUUCAUUGAUACAGUCUAUAAACAAACACAUUUAUUACUAGGCAGGAAAUUGCUUAUAUUUAACCAGAAACCCGCUAAUCAGAAAGCUAUUAAAGAUUUACAAACAUGAAAUAUGAAUGUGUGACUGAGUAGUCUUAACUAAGAAACAUUUUUAUCUGUGUUUUGCUUUUUGAACUUAAACCACUCCUUGUUGGUUGUAUGUGAAACAGGAUAUUAUCGAGUGCUUGUUCCAGAAUAUUCCUAUUGCAAUCAAGAAAGUGCAAAAUUUUAUUGGUUAGUAGAAAACAUGCCAAUCGGUAUAACAUCUAAACCAGGUAUGGAUAAACCCAGGCCUGGGGGGCUGUAUGUGGCCCCUUGGGCUCUUUUCUCAGGUCCUUCUUUCACUAACCAUUCUGUUUUCCUUCCUUCUCUCUUUCCUUCCCUCCUUCCUUCCUUCCCCCUUCCUUCCCCCUUCCCCUCUUCUUCUCCACCCUUUUGUCCUUCCUUCCCUCCCCUUUGUCUUUCUUCCCUUCCCUUCCCUCCCUCCAUUCCCUUCCACCCCUCCUUCCUUCCAUCCUUCUCUUCUCCCCUUCCCUCCCCCUUCCAUCCUUCCUUCUCUUUUUUCUUCCUCUUUUCCUCCUGGGGGAUGUUUAGCUGGGAGAAGAGAAGGUAGAGAGGGAACAUGAGAACCAUGUUUCAAGAUGUAAAAGGUGUCUCAUUGAGGAGGAGAGGAAAAACUGACUUUCUGCUGCUCUAGAAACCAGGGCACCAGAGAGCAAUGGUUGCAAAUGGCAGAGAAAGAAAUUUGACUGAAAAGAUUAGGAAGAACUUCCUGGAGAGUGGCAUAGGCCUCCGAAAGAGAAGAGUAAGGGGAGGAAAGGGCAUAGAGGGGACUUGGGGAGAACUCCCUCCCUCCUGGCCGGUCCACCCUGCUCCAGCCUGCCAUGUGGGCCUCAAGUUAGAAAAUUUGCCCAUGCCUGAUUUAAACACUCGAACUAUAGGAGAACUCAAGAUAAGUGAGUCCAUUUCAUUUGUUACCAUUGUUAAAAUAAUACUCAAGGGAAGCAUGUAGGAGUUCUCCAUGGUGGGACAGCUGACUUCAGUAGUAGAUGCAGCUUGAAAUCCAAGUUAAAUCGCUUCUAAUCAUUAGCUUUGGAGGCAAAUAACCUCCCUGAUUGAUACUACCACCCAUAUACACAGUGGCUGGAAUUUUGUUGGUCACAUAUGUCUGCUUAACUUGGCCACAUAUGUCUUAGUUUGGAUGCAGCUAUUCACUAGCCUUUUGCACAGCAUUCAAAACUUCCCCCCUGGCAGCUGAGAGAGGGGUCAAGCCUGCUACUGCUGUUACCUGACAGAGGGAGAAAGGAAAGGUAUUUUAGAUAACGAAGAAACACCCAUCUUAGCUGCAAUUGUAGCUGGAGGGAAAGAGAAAUUAGUGUUUCUCCUCUUUGAUUGCAACACAGAAUGUAAAUACAUGCAGAUACACAGAGACUAUAUGGUUUAAUCACAGAUCAAUCUAGUAAACUAUUAUGAUGAAUCAGUGUAGGGGGAAUUUCAAUUGCUGGACAUGUAAGGCAAGAGAAAAUAUCAUGGGACCCACCAAAUGUUGGUAGAUUGCUAAUUUCCAGAAUUCCUAACUGUUGGCUAUACUAGCUAGUGUUGCUGAGAACUGCAGCAGCACUAGCAUCUGAACAGCCACAAAAUUACUAUCCCUGUUCUAAAUAUGCAUGCUAGUUUUUGUUACUCUUUGAGUUCUGGUGUUUUACUGACGUAAAUAACGGGAUACAUUAGACAGUAUUGUUAAUUUUUUUAGACAGUGAAUAGUAUACAAUAGUCCCCUCUAUUGACUUGUACUUUCUUCACUGUAUAUUAGUUUGGCGAUGUGCACAUUUAUUUAAAUUAGGCGAUAUUUGUAAAAAUGCAGACAAUAAUUCAGCCACAACAUUAACAUCUCUAAAGGAAAGCAUGUUACCUUUUACUAGGAGAUUUCAAAAUAAACAAACCAUUGCAUGAAA